AUGACGAAUCCCCUGAGAGAUGUCCGCCCGGAGGAGCGUCCUCUUGGUCUAGACUAUCAAGAUCAGGCCCGGCUUAGGUCCACGCAAAACGGGAACCAGCAGAUCAACGCCAUCAGCUCCAGGCUCAGGAAAACCAGAGGAUCUUCACGGAGAAGGAUGCAUCUGGCGGAGAAUCCUUCCACUACUGCAAGCUCGGCACCAGACUACGCGCUUACUGCUGAUCUUCUUGCGGAGCGGACCCUUGAUGGGUUGCUGGCUGAGCAUCCUGGAGAACUCAUCCGAACAGGGAGUCCUCAUGUUGUCUGCACUGUUCUGCCCAAUCAUUGGCGGUCAAACAAGACGUUGCCGGUGGCUUUCAAGGUCGUGGCUCUAGGAGAAGUUGGGGAUGGCACCAUCGUCACCAUUAGAGCUGGAAAUGAUGAGAACUGCUGUGCAGAAUUGAGGAACUCAACGGCGUUGAUGAAGAACCAGGUGGCAAAAUUCAACGACCUGAGGUUUGUCGGGCGCAGUGGCAGAGGAAAAAGUUUCACGCUGACCAUAAUGCUGCAAACAUCACCACCCCAAGUAGCGACACUGUCCAAGGCGAUAAAAGUCACCGUGGAUGGCCCACGAGAGCCUAGAUCUAAAACAAGACACCAGGCCUUUCAUCCCUACCACUUCGGACCACGGCCAUUUCCCUUCGGACAUCCGCAGGAUCCAUUGGGAUUCAAACUGUCCGGCCUGCAACAUCUCAGUCUGGAGCAAAACGGACAAUGGGGUGGACCACCACGCGGUUCUUUGCCUCCGCACUGUUUACCACCACCACCAGGUCACCUUUCGCAGCCACAGCAUCCGCCGACAGCAACCUCGGCCUUCAACCCUUUUCAUCAUGCUAUUGAGCAGAGAUCACGGCUUCCAGCUCCUGGUCCAACUGAAUCAAGGAACGAAUUGGGUCCACUGAGCGUCUCUGUAAGGGAGGCGCCUCCAACUGACUCUCCCAACACUGGUCCAGGAUUGCUGACCACUGCAGUAGCAUCACCAACUCCUCCAGCUGAGCCAGCGGCUGCAAGUCCUUCUCACCCACAUUUCCAAAGUUUGCAUCUGCUACGAGCGAAUUCCUUAUUUGGGUCAAUAUUUGCGCCGUUUUUGCCACAAUCAUCCUGGCUCUACAAUCCACUGUCGACUUACCAGCAGCAGUACAUACUAGAACCGGAUUGGCAUACCCUAGCUCUAAGAAUGGCGCAGCAACGUCUCCAACGGCCGGGGCAGAGUCUGGAAGACUUGAGAAAACUUAGAAGCUCAAGUGAUGAUGGUGACCAAGAUGGUGAUGCUUCUACGGACAGGCCCCAGGAUGUUGGAGAUCAAGAUGCUGAUGUUGACAGCCCAGAAGGUAGCAUCGAAGUUGAUGAUCCUAGUGAUCAGGAUCCGAAGAUAGAAGAGGUCAGGAGUGAAGAUUCUCAAGCUGAUUCUCCAAGAUUGUCUAGUAGAGACAACAAGGAUGAAUCUUUUCUGGAGAAAAGGUUAAGACCCACUGUGGAAAAUUUGAAUGAUGAUAUUGAAGAUAGGCUUGAUCCGGAACACAGACAUGAUUUGACGGUGAAGAUCAAGCUUGAAGGCACGGUUGAUCUAAGCACCAAAAGGAACUCGGAUAAGGAAAAUAUGGGCCAGGAUCUUACUACUAGAAAAAAAGAGGAGGAUAUUGAUGAAAAGGAAUCAGUUAGACCGCGGAAAGACAUAAGUCCUCAGCCGAGACACGUUUGGAGACCUUAUUGA